GUGGGAGAGCAACUUGGGUCACCAGAGAGGAGGAGAGACAGAGAAAAAAAGGAGAGAAAGAAAGUGAAUGAGAGGCAUAGAGAGAGAGAGAGAGAGAGAGAGAGAGAGGCAGAGAGGAGGGGGCUGGUGGUUAAAUGGUCAGUGCGUUUGUGAUGCUGUCAUUGUUCAGUUAGUCCAGCGGUUCGUCAGAGUCAGUCCGUGUCUCUCUGAAUGAGCUUUUCCAGCCGGCUUUUUGGAUUUACUCUGCUGCCACGUGCUGCAUAUCUGCCACCCAGGAGUCUGUGGUCUGCAGCCAGGAUUUGCUUUCAUCUCUGGAUGUGCUGCUGCAGUCGGAGCACCCCAGUCUGCCGGUCUACGUGUGUUGCGCAUGUGUUCCUGUGUCUGGUGUGUGUGCUGACGUUCGGUUCGGAGCUCGCCGGAGUCGUACGGAUUAACUCUGGAAUGCUGAGAGACUCCAGUCAAGGAAAAACGGCAAUUGUGGAAUAUUUGGGAAUGUUUGGAAUUUUUUCCCUUUUUCCAGUGAUGGUUUUGGCUCAGAAAGUGGGAGAUACAGAUUUAGCUUGACUGUCUGACUUUUUUUCCCAUUUUAAUCUUUUUCCUUCUCCACUCUUCACGGAAUACAUACUUGCAGUGUGAAUUGAGCUCUAUAACUCCGUAACUGACGCUUCAGCAAGAUCGUCCUGGUGGAAGUGGUGCCGGUGUGCGUGAGUGGCAUGUGUGGGUUAGGGGUGUAAAAAAUGCAUCGAUCGGAAGGUGCUGAUUUUGGGAUAUUAGAAUUGGUUUUGGAACGUUAGAAUUGAUUCUAAUCCAAUAUAAUAAUAUUCAGUAAAGUAUGCACUCAUUUUUUGGCCAGAAAUGAAUCCUCUAGCUAUUUUCAAAUGCCCACAGAAAAGUUAGCUGCAUUGUUUAUAUUGUCUGUAUGAAUAGUUCUUCCACUGGCAAUUGAAUAUUCAAUGUAUUUUUUAAAAUAAUUCUGAAUCAUACUAAAAGAAUUGAAUCAAAUUCGAAUCGAAUCGUGGUGAAGUUUUAGUCAUGAUGCUUUGAAUUGCUUUAAAAGAAUCGUAAUUGAAUCAAACCGUCAGGGACUUAAACCCCUAGUGUGUGGUUGUGUGUGUGAUGUGGGCAGCGAGUGGGUUGCCCAUGGCGAUGCCUGUAGCGUGCCCACGCGUAUGUGUUCCCGAGUGGAGUUUUCGGGAUGCUGUAGGGGUGGACUGCAGCGCUCCUGAGCCGCGCUGUAUCUGGGUUGCCGUGUUACGGAGUGAUGCACCCAACACACACACCCAGCACUUCCAAACACACACACCUGACGCCACACGUGGCCGACCCAGCAGAGCCACCCAGAGAGCGCCAACUGAGAGCAGGGCAAAGGGGCGAAGAGAUGGGACCUCAUCGUCCAGUGAGAACCCUCGGCCAGUGUUGGCGGGUGGGGCUGAUGGGAGGGGCGUGUCCUGGCAGGGCCCGCGGACGCUGGUGCUCCAUAAGAACUCUCAGGGCUUCGGCUUCACCCUUCGCCACUUCAUCGUGUACCCGCCUGAAUCCGCCCUGCACACCAGCCUCAAGGAUGAGGAAAAUGGAAAUGGAAAGGGCCUCCAGCGGGGUCGACUGGAGCCGAUGGACACCAUAUUUGUGAAGAAUGUGAGAGAGAGAGGCCCCGCCCACCAGGCAGGUUUGUGCACAGGUGACAGGCUUGUGAAGGUGAAUGGAGAGAGUGUGUUGGGUAAGACGUACUCCCAGGUGAUAGCGCUCAUUCAGAACAGUGAGAGUGUAUUGGAACUCUCCAUUAUGCCAAAGGAUGAGGACGUGCUGCAGCUGGCGUACUCACAAGAUGCCUACCUGAGAGGGAACGAGCCGUUUAAAGGAGGGGCCCAGAAUCUUCCACCGCCACCUCCUCUCUGCUACCCCCCACGUUCUAAAUCCCAGCCUCCCCCAAGUCAUACCUCCUGCCCUGUCCCUUCUCGAGCCCAAAUGGGGCAGAACCAGCUGGACAACUGGAGCCGCUGGCCCGGCUCCUCCUCCUCUGGCCCAUCCCCACCACUUGACAACCGGACCACUGUCCCUGCCCCUGGUACUGUCUGGGCUGCAGAGGGACGUGGCUGUGACCCAGGGGGCCACAGUAGCCCCGCCCAUCGGACCGAGGAGAUUCGGUACGGCAUGACCGAGAGGAGCCAGCAGGCGGUGGGACAGAUGAGGGGACGCUCGUAUUCGUCAUCUUCUUCCUCAGGGGGGGCCUUAACAAGCCCGCUGCACCACGGUCACUAUGGUAACCAAGGUGUUGCUCCUGCAUCGGGAUGGGGCAGCCCACCACAGCCUACUCCUACACCCCCAUCCAGCCGCAAUGAACGCACCCAACAAGCCCUUAGCAACUGGUACUACAGCCAGAUGAGCGAGCGGGAGCGGGAACGCCCCAGCAUCCGCUCACUUCACCCACGGCAGCGCAGCUUUUCGCAGGACCGUCUAGGGGAGCUGAACCGAACAAGACGGGCCCAGAGGGCAGAUUUCCCCCACAGUGCCUCUCAGGACACCCUGCUUCACUUGCAGCAGCCAGGGUCUGGGCCCCGCACCCACUGGCAGGGAGAGAACGCCGCUGUUUCGGCUUAUAACCGUGCAAGAUCUGAAAACCUGCUCAGAACUCGGUACGGACAUUCAGGACGCUCGCUAGAGGCUCUGGACCGAGUGCCCAGUGUGCUCUCUCCACAUCAGGAGAGGCCAGCCUGGGGCAGCCAGCAGACCCAAUCCAGGGCUGAGGCUUUCCAGAGACAGGGUGGCCACUACAGCCCAGCACAGACACCCCCUACUGUCCGGCGCGCUCAGGCAUCCCAACAACAUUUGGCUCAACACGAGCAGCACCGGAUGCAACACACACCUCAGCACCAAAACCUCACACACUUGCCCCAGCACUCCACGCACGCCUCUCAAUCGCAGCAGGCUGUGCCUCAGACCCGCCGCCUACCAUCCUGCCAGAGCCUGGACGAACAGCCAAUGUCAAUGGGCUACCGCAGCUACAGCCCUUCCUUCAACCGCAAAACAGGACGCAUACUGCAGCAGGCGCACUCCUUCCGGGACCCGUCCUACACGGGCCCUCACCUCAGCUGGACACCCACACCCAAGACCAGCCCUCCGGAGGGUGUAGCCCUGCCUCCUGCCCCAUCCCCUGCACCCACUACCAGCUCCGCCACACCCACGCCCCCUGAAGGGCAGGACAGAACUCACCGACCAACCAAUCACGAAAGAGGGGGUGGGGAAACGGAAGAUGUGCAAGCGCAGGUACAGGAAGUGGUGCUAAGACAGAAGCCACCAAUGGGACGAAGAGGUGGCAACACAAACCGUCACCCGCAUUAUGCCUUGGCUCUUGACGACAGCGACCCACUCCUUUUCACGUCUGACCCCACGUCUGACCCCACGGAAGCCCCACCGAAAGGCGAGAGUUCCAUCUCCCAGCGACGCGCCAAUGGUAAUCUAGCACCACUGUCUGUGGAGGAUGACUCGCUGGCCUCUAUCCCCUUUAUCGAUGAGCCAACCAGUCCGGGUGCAGAUUUGCGGGCGUGUCACGUCCCCGCCUCCUCCGUCGUGUCCAGUGGGCUUAAAUCAGCCCCCGCUGUGGCCACCAGCCCGGCGUCCCCCACCUUCACCUUCCCUCUCAGCCGACUCUUCUCCCACGACUGCAGCAGCAUUAAGUCUAGUCGUCGCUCCUCCUACCUGUUGGCCAUAACCACCGAACGCUCCAAGUCAUGUGACGAGGGCCUCAACACCUUCAGGGAUGAUGGAGUUUUCUCGAGAUUGCCAAAGAGGGUUAAGAGCUUCUUUGGUGAGGGGUCUCUAGAAAGUCUGAAGGCCGCCGAGGAUGCUCGCUCUAAACGGCACUCUACAUCGGAGCUGGGCAGCAUCAGCUACGGUGACGUCAGGAGAGAGGGCUGGCUCCACUACAAACAGAUCCACACUGAGAAGGGCAAGAAGGUGGGCAGUGCCAUGCGUCCCUGGAGGCGGGUCUUUUCGGUGCUGCGCUGUAAUUCGCUCUACCUCUACAAAGACAAACGGGAGGCGCUGCUGAAGGGGGGCGCCCUGGGGGAUGGGUCUGAGGAUGAGCAGCCGAUCAGCAUCCGGGGCUGCCUGGUGGACAUCGCGUACAGUGAGACGAAACGCAAGAACGCACUGCGGCUGACCACGCAGGACUUCUGUGAGUACCUGCUGCAGGCCGAGGACCGGGACGACAUGCUGGACUGGAUCAAAGUGAUCCGAGAGAGCAGCAAGACCGACAGUGAGGACUUGGGCUUCUCUCGGCAAGCUCUCAUCAGUAAGAAACUGAAUGACUACAGGAAACAGAGUCCAACAGGCAACAAGCCAGACUCCUCUCCCCGAGUGCCACGCAUGCCCUUCCUGCUCACCAAGGCUGAUAACAGCAGCGCACCCCCACGCUCACCCAAACACGAGGCCAAAGAGGAAAGCAGUCCUCCCAAGUCUCCGUGGGGCAUCAACUUCAUGAAGAAGGUGAAGAAGGCGGGGCCAAAAGCUUUCGGAGUACGCCUGGAAGACUGCCAACCUGCUGCCAGUAACAAGUUCAUUCCCCUGAUUGUGGAGAUCUGCUGUGGGCUGGUGGAGGAGAUGGGCCUGGAGUACACAGGCAUUUACAGAGUGCCAGGAAACAACGCUGUAGUGUCCAGCUUACAAGAGCAGCUCAACAAGGGCAGUGACAUCAACACUGCAGAGGAGCGGUGGCAGGAUCUGAACGUGGUGAGCAGUCUGCUCAAGUCUUUCUUCCGCAAACUCCCUGAACCCCUUUUCACUGACGACAAAUACAAUGACUUCAUUGAGGCCAACCGUAUGGAGAAUGCAAGUGACAGACUGAAGACCCUGAAGAAACUGAUUCACGAUUUGCCAGAUCACUAUUUUCACACUUUGAAGUUUCUGAUUGGUCACCUGAAGACAGUAGCAGACCACUCUGAGAAGAACAAGAUGGAGCCACGUAACCUGGCGCUGGUGUUUGGUCCCACUCUUGUACGAACAUCAGAGGACAACAUGACGGACAUGGUCACCCACAUGCCUGACCGCUACAAGAUUGUCGAGACUCUCAUCCAGCAUUAUGCCUGGUUCUUCAGUGAGGAACAUGACAAGGAUGAAAAAACGCCAGUGGACACAGAAGAUGUUCAACCUGCCCCUAACAUAGACCACCUCUUAUCUAACAUUGGCCGAACUUGCCUUCUAGGAGAUGCCUCAGACUCAACCAACAGUGAUUCAGCGAAAUCAAAGGGGUCAGGGGGGUCAAAACGUGACCUCUCAGCCAAGGACUUUCUGACCACACUGUCCAUCAUGUCUGCUGUGGCGCGCAAGCGCAGAAAACGGCCUGUCGCCAACCUCCUGGGCAGCAGCACUGAUGACGAUUCUGAGCAAGAGGCAAUCAGAGCUGGCCUCACAGGGGAGGGGGAGGAGCAGGAGGCGGGGCCAGUUCAGUCUGAUACUGCCCCAUGUGCAGAGGCGGAGGAGGACGAAGACGAGGAAGAGGAUGAAGAAGAGGAUGAAGGCGAAAGAGACACAGAAUGUGUUCAGAAAGAUGAGGCCACUCCCAGCAUGCCUUGCAGCGAGGAGGCCCAAUCGGUGCUCCUGAGCGAGGAAGAGGACCAGAGGACAGAGGUCAAAAGGUCAGGCGGUUGGCGAGGAGAAGACGCACGCUCCAUUGUCUCGGGUUACUCCACCCUUUCCACACUGGGGCGGAGCUUAGCAUCAGAGGGGCGGGGCGAGGACGCAGAUGACGAACAGAGCGAACUGGUGAGCGAAACGGAUAACGAAAGUGGCUUCGCCUCGCGCUCCCUCACCCAGGAGCGUCCUGAAAAGCACACGCCCACCCCUGCAUCCCCCCAGCGUACAAACACUUCACACACUUCACCAGGACCAGCUGCCCCUCGCAGUUUCCUCUACACGCACUACAAAUCCUCCACAUCAAAUCCUGCUCCUGAACACGUUCCUGCUCCCACAAACCCCAAAAGCCCCACUCCUGACCCCACAGAAAGGGUCAGUGAAGGAGUAGCACGUUCAACCACCCCCUCAGUUUCUUCUUACUCAUCCUCCGCCUCCCAGCGCCUCCACAGCCGGCCCUCCUUCAACUCCCAUCGCCUCAUUCAGUGUGACACUUUAGCACGCCGCAGGCUAAAGUCAGAGAAGGUUAAAGCUCGUUCCCUGGACCUUCUGGAACUGUCCAGCACUUCAGCCACAGAGGAUGAACAGCGGCCCAGUGUUGGACAAACAAAGACCCAAAUUGCUAACUCCUCCUCUUCCCCUUGCCCCUCUCCAUCUUCAAGAACCGAACUGAACCCAGAUGGCGGUCAGGAAAGUACCCCAGCCCCCUCUGGUCACAGUGAAGGGCGUCCCUUCCCCCCUAGUGGGGCCACCCUGGCUGAGCAGGUGAGAGCCCGCUUGCUGGGUUCGGCCGAGGACUUGCGGGCUGCAGGUGUGAGGAAGCCUCUCUCACCUGAAACGCGUAGGAAGAGGCGGGCCUGGAGGAGGCACACCGUGGUGGCCUCGCCCACCAGCGCCUCCACCAAAGCCUUGCCCCUCAAUUCCGCUGUUUCCACCAGCAACAACAACAACAAGCCUCCUGCACCGCCCCCAAAACCAUCUGUGCUGAUCGGGCGUGCUGGAGCACAGUCCCUCCCCCAGCACUCAGAGGCUGACGCCCACUCUACACGCCAGGCUCCGCCUACCUCCCGUUUUCCCGAAUGCCUGUGACAACAAAGACAGUGCCCAAUAAUACAGUACAUGGCUGCAGCUGCCAUUCCCACAGCUCACUAGCACCACUCUCAAGGCUGUUUUGGUUUAACAUGUGCAUAGAAUUGAUCUCACAGCUUUCUGGUUGUUUGGAUUAUCAUCAAUAAGUCACUUCUUAGAGUUAAAUCAGGGAUGCCAGCUCUCACAGUUUUAGGUCGUUUCUUAAGCUGUCAUGUCAUGCCAAGAAUUUUCAUACCAGUGAAUGGCCAAGCGACAUUUAACAAACUUGCAAGCCACUGUUUUGUUCUUUCUGCAGGAUAGCCCUUUGAGAAGACUUAGGCCCAAACCUAUUUCUAUUUCUACCCCUACCCUUUGUUUUCAAGUGUCACCUUGCCCCUUGGAUCUGAGUUACAAGUGGUAGUGGUUGAAAUCUUCCCCUACGAAAUGGGACAACCCUCAAAUACUUUAGGCCAUUAGCAUUACUUCAGGCCAUUAGCAGUGCUCUGUAGGUGACCCUGUCAGUCUGCAGUGAUAGCAGUGGGGAUGAGACAAUUAUUUAUUAUCGCCCACCCCUAAUUCUUCAGUGAUAUGAAGUUGAAGUAAACUAUUCACCAGCUUGUUGUUCAAAUUUUUGCCUUAAAUGGUACCAGAAUGUAACUGCUGCACCAUUUAUGGUGGAAUGGGAAAUUUAGCUAGCUAGCUACUGACACAUCAGCAUACUAAUAGCGAUUUUUAUGCUUGUUAUGAAAAAAGAACCAUAAUAUAAUGAAACAACAUUAAACUAAGAUAAUACAGUGGUCGUCGUAAUUUUUCAAGUCAAAUCAAAGUUUAUUUGGUGUUGUCACAAAGCAGCUUUACAGAAAAAUCCGGGUCCGAGCCCCCAUGAGCGUCAACAAUGGCGACAGUGGCAAGGAAAAACUCCCUGAGAGCAAGAGGAAGAAACCUUGACAGGAACCAAGACUCAAAAGAGGAACCCAUCGUCAACACCGGAUAGCAGACAGCACAAAAAAUGCAUUUGUGGGUUUUUUUGGUCGUUUGCGCGCAGCCAUCUUGCCGGUUUUUCUUUUUUGUCAUAACACUUGGUUUGGAGUGUGCCUUUGAAAAACCUCUGUUUGGAGGGCCAUGUAGCCCUAACACUUUACUCGACCACUCUAUUUCAACAAAAAUUGGGACACCCUACCCCUAAGCGUGAACACGCAAAAGGGAGGGCUAAGGGGUAGGGGCAAGGGGUGAAAUGGGAUUGGGCCUCUGACAGAGGAGCGGCUUUAGAAAGCUAGAGCAUCAGGGCUCUCUGUAACAUUUGACUGUAACAUUUGCUCAGCUCAGCUACUGAUGCCUUCAAGUUCAAGUUUCUGUUUGGUUUAAUAUCAUCUCCCCAGUAUCUGCAACCAACAGUGUUGGGGCAGUUACUCAAAAAACAUUACGUUCAAACAAAACAUAAACGUUCCUUUACAAAUUCUCUCAAUACUCAACACACUACAUCCAAGUUACUCUCUAAAACACAUACACAUCUGUACUAACUGGAAAGUACAAGGCAAUGUUCAUUUACAAAGAGGACAAAAUUUAAAAGACACGUCAUCCCACUCCAGCAACCUGAAAUUAUCACUCCAAUCUCACUCCAGCCACUCGUAAAUCUCACUCCAGUCUCAAUACAGCCACCUCAAAAUCUCUCUAGUCACCUCACCAAAGUUGGCAACCCUGAUAAAAUGAACAUUUGUGACUAACAGCUAGCUAACUUAAGGCCAUUUGGCUGUCGGUAACGAUAGCUAAUGCUAGAUUAAUAUUUAUUAUAUUAAUAUUUGGUGACUUAUUGAGAUGCCUCUUAUCGUGACUACUCUGUUCUAUUUUGACCUGUUUUGUUGUGAGCAUCGCAGCUUCUGAACAGUUCUAAAUAUGCACAUGAUUAGUGCUAGCUAUGCUAGCUACCUAACAAAGUACCAACAUUGCCAUAAUUAUUUGCCAUAUAGUUCAUAUCUGUGGUGUCACUUUUGCGUGUGAGUGAAGAGGAUGUGGGAGUGGUGCCUGCAGCCAUUUUUUACUGUACAACACGAGGAGAGAGUCGCGUUGGAGCUUCGUAACUGCAGUUUUUCCAGCAUCAGAUGUCUUGGGGGAAAGAGGUCUGAGCCUCUUCUUCUUUAUGUUCCUUUCACAGUUGCUCUGCUUGCUUGGCACAGGGGUUGUUUUUAGUGUUGCCAAAGUUUUCCUUCACUCUUUUUAGCGCUCUUUUAACGCAGUGUUCCGAAGGGGCCAGUAACAAACAGGUCGAUAUGUUUUGCUUUCCGGAACUGCCAACGCCCUUGCCAUGCGCUCGCCAUCGGGAUUCUUGAGUGCUUUGGUGCUUCUCGUGUGCUCCCUUUAGCUGUAGUGACACAGAGAAAUCAUGUUUGUUCUCUUACUGUAUGCAGUGGAGGGCAAAUUCAGCUUCCCAGAUUGGAAUUCUGGGCCAAGCUUGGGAAUUGGGACACUUUUUUUGCAUCUCCAUGACGAUGCUGCCUGGUCAUAUGUCCUGGGCUGCCACAGUGAGCUUGAGACAACUAAUGAGGGUACACACACACACACACACACACACACACACACACACAAAUCUUUACACAUUCUUUAAACACAUUCUUUAAACACACAUGUAGUACAUUUAAAGGGGAAUUCCACCCAUUUUUCAAAGUUUCUGUAUGAUUCAGUUGAGAACAGUCAUUUAGUGUGGUUUGAAUGUGAAAUGGUUAAUUGUUGAGAAAUGUACAGUUUUUAACACUGGUGGUGAUGGGAACCAGAAGUCACGAUGUCUAUAAAAUAGCCAUAUUAUUUACUAUCCAAAACGACCAGUGACCCAACAUGAUCUUUGAGUGUUUUUAUAUAUAUGUAAAAUUUAUUGAUUAUAACAAAAUAGAUUCUCUUUGUGGACUAUUUUGCCUUGCAACUCCCUGCAUGUACCUCUCUGCCAAAAAAAAAAAAGGCCAGAACUUCUCAAAACUAUUGGAAACAAUGUAUCAGGCAGCAAAUUCUUAACCUCUUCAUGUAAGAACUUUUUGUGAGGGAGCUUUUAAAGGCUGGUUUCCAUCACCACCACUGUGAACAAUUCGGAGUUGGUAAGCUUCUCUAGAACAGAGCAUUAAACCAACCUGGACGACUGUGUUUACAUCUUCACUGAACUAUGGAGAAAUUUAUAGAAAUCUAGAGGAUUCUCCUUUAAUCAGAGUACUGUACAGUAUUAUUGAGAGACUGUUCGCCAAGAGGAAAAAGUGUUGAAGCUAAAGACCAUUGACCUUUUACCGCAGACCCCAUGCGGAACUUCGCUCUUGUCCCUUCCUGUUACUUCGAGAAACCACAAGACAAAUUGUGGUGCGUUCACAACACACGUACACCGAGCGCCGCCGCUCGGCCUAAUCAUUUCUUCGUCUGUGUGAAAUUGUCUGUGUAAAAUGUGUAUGUGCAUUGAAAUAUUUUGUAACAUUUGUACAAAGCCUUGCUAAGUUAACCUUGUAAAUAUACAUAUAAUAUCAUAUUUGUUUUUACUUUCUUUUUUUUUUAGUUUUUAUAUGGUUUACAAAAGUGCACUUCAGUGCACAGUCAUUUCUUUCAAGAUGUUACUUGAAA